AUGAGUGAUAAAAGCAACGAGAGAGCCUCACUCUUAUCAUCAACACAGCAACACCAACAACAACAAGAAGACAACAAUGACAACAACGGAAGAGAAGAUGGCGUAAAUAUUGAUGUAGAUUUUUCUGCUCAAGCCGCUAAAGAAAUUUCUCACUAUGAAACUGAUCGUGCUGGAACACUCGGUAAUUGGUCAGAUUCUUGUUCCUUGCCAUUCAUAUUGAGUAUAUUCUUGAUAUCAAUUCCAUUAUUGUGGUUUAUCUUGAUUUUCCAAAAUGUUUACAUGAAUCCUUUUAAUUAUAGUCCUGAUUUUGAAUGGGUUGGACCACACCGUUUCGUAAAUAGUACCAGUGGUAAUGGUAGCUUGCCAAUUUCUGAGAGUUUUAUUGAAACUAAUGUUAUGGAUCAUUUUCCAAAGUUGUUGAGCAUGUAUGGUAUUGCUGGUGCUCAAUUGGUUUUGGUUGAUACUGCUUCUGAUGAUGAUGAUAAUUACAGAGUUAGACCUUAUGCUUUUGGUCAGAGAGAUAUUUAUUUCACAACAGUGAACAGUUCUGUUACUAAUCAUACUCUCUUUCAAGUUGGUGAAAUUUCUGAAACUAUUACUGGUUUUGGUAUUAUGAAACUUGUUCAAGAUGGUAAAAUUACAUCUGUUCGUUCAUCUGCCAAUCUUUAUCUUAAGAGAGGACUCCUUUUGAAUUUGAAGGGUGGUCAAAGUAAUGACACUACUAUUAUGAAUCUUUUGACUCACACUUCUGGAGCUGUUGAUAUUAACCAAUAUGAAUCAUUCUAUGGUCAACCAACCACUAGCCGUAACCGUGUUGUUUUCAAUGAUGUUUUCAACAGUAUUCGUAUUGACCCUUCAAAGACUGGUGUUUCUACAUCUAGAGUUUCUAAUGGUGCUGAUAUGGCAAUUUUGCAAGCCAUCAUUGAAGAUGUUACUGGCCACAAUUUCACAAAUUGGAUUAACUUGAAUGUUCUCAAUCCUUUGGGUUUGUCACUUUCUACUUUUGACACUGAUGAUGUUGCUAAUAUUCGUACAUUCAGUUCUUCCUAUGGCAGUUAUUUCUACGCUAUUCCAGAAUAUUCCUAUAGUGUUCAAUCUGGUUUUGGAUUGUACAGUUGUGGUAUUGAAAUGGCCAAUCUUUUGAUUGCUGGUUUGAAUGCUGGUAUUGAAGGUAAUGCUGUUCUAGAUGCUGAACAUACUGAACAACUUUUCAAUUAUUAUGAAUAUAUUAAGGACAAGUUUACCACCUCAAUGUCUCUUGGUUCAGAAAUUGAAGUCUUAUCUGAUGGUUCCAUGACUAAUUUCCAAUCUGGACACAAUCUCGGAUGGCAUGCUCGUUAUGCAUUCAACAGACAACACAAGCAAGGUUUUGUCAUUUUGGCCAAUACUGAAACUGCUGCUCCUGUUUUGGAUGUUUUCCACUGCUAUUGGGAAUAUCAAAUGACUGGUAAUAGUCAAAAUAAUGCUUGUAGUAGAGUUAAUGAUAGAGCUAUUGGUGGUUUGGUUAUUACUAUUGUUACUUGGUUGUUUGCUAUUGUUUUGUUCAUUCUUUGGUGUGUUAUGACAGCAUUUAUUUGCCACUCUAAGGUUCCACUCACUUGUCAAUUCCCAUUCUUGACCUCUGGUUGGUUUGAAAGUGCUAGUAGUGCUUCAGUUUUGAUUAGAUUUGUUAUUGUCGUUGUUACUUCAGUGAUUUACACUGCCUUGAUGGUAUUCUUACACAGUGACAUUUAUGGCCUUAUUGCUUACAAUGUUCCUUACAUUAUCUUUGCUAUCAAGUUUGCUCCAUUCUACUUGCCAUUCAGUUCUCUUGUUUUUGGAUUCUAUUGCAUGACCUUUAUUUGCAUUGCUCUUUUUGUUUACCGAGUUGUUGAUGAAGAAAAGAAGGAAAAGAACUAUCAACGUAUCAAUUAAGAAAUCAAUUAUUACAGGCUCAUCAAGUCUCUGUAACAUUAAUAUUAAAUUAUUUAAAAAAUUCU